AUGCCCAAGAAUCAAUCCUCCGUUGCAGAGCCCUUGGUAGACUUUGCUAGUCAUUUUCUAGUCGUUUCUAUGCAAGCUCUUCGAGAUGGACUCGGGGCCGAAUGUACCAUCACCUGCUCUGGUCAGGAAUUCAAGCUUCGUAAGUCUAUUCUCGCCGCGCAAUCUCCUUUGUUCAGGGAUCUCUUUGACAACAAGAAGACCAAGGUCAAUGCCAUCCUCGACUUGUCGGACGACGACCCCACGGCUAUCGCCGCCCUGGUCGAUUGGGGGGCAACGCAGCAACCCCCAGCUGCCGUCCGACGACUGCCCCUCCAUUCGCACGUCUUCAUCUUGGCUAAUAAGUACGAUGUCCCGGGCCUGCGCGCUCUCGCCCUGAAGCACUUUUCAGAAAUGAUCAACGACUUCCCUGGACACGUUGAGCGCUCGCUCUUCCACCACGCGGUGUCGGUGAUCUACCGCAACACGACGCCGGAAAAGGGAAGGCAACUGCGUUCGUUGCUAGUGAACGCACUGGCUCGUCACGGGGCGUCCGACAACCUGGCGCAUCGCAGGGCAAUGGAAACGCUUUGGGCCGAUGUCCCAUCCCUGGCCACUGACUUGUGUGGUUCUCUCUGCGACGAGUUGGUGAAGCGCAAAGCUGGUCAGAAGGUGGAGCGGAUUGCCCAUUUUAUUUCCUUCGUAGUAGCUGUACUCCUCUGCCUCUGGGUCCUACUCAAGAGCUUCUGCUACAUCUAGGAUUUCUCUUGCCAGCUGUCU